UCCAUGCAACGAGGGUGGAGGGAACACGUCCGAAGUGACUGACUGCAACGUGUGAUUGGCUGAAACACAUGGUCCGGUGAUCGUGAUCAUGAUUGGAAAUCGUCUUGCGCUGAUCGUCACCCUCGUCCUCGUGGUCUUGCUGUCGUCUGUCUAUCACGGUGAAGCAAUAAUAUGCUACCAGUGCAACAGCGAAUACGAUCCAAGGUGCGGCGACCCAUUCGAUCCGUACAGUCUUGGAACCGUGAACUGCAGCUUUCAACCACGGCUGGAGCAUCUGAACCAUUUGGAACCCACUAUCUGCCGGAAGAUCAGCCAAAAAGUAUACGGCAAGAUCAGGGUGGUCAGAGGCUGCGGAUACAUCACCGACGAGAGGGACAACGCGGAAUGCCUGUUACGAACGGGGACCCACGACGUACAGGCGCGCUACUGCUCGUGCAACGAUAAUCUCUGCAACUCGGCCGAGAGCCGUACACCGUCCUACUUCUUGCUACCGUUCACGUCCCUGUUCACGGUCGUCCUGGCAGUGCCGAGUUUACUUCUCUCGUACCCGAUCGCGAUACCGAUCCCGACCGUCCCGUACUUCUCCGUAGCCUAAACCCCCCCAGUGAACAGGAGACACACGCUGCGCCUAAACAAAGUAAACAAAAAAAAUAAACAAAAAUAAAAACAAAAAGUCAAACCGGAAUCAACGAUUCAAUUGGAAGACCGUUCGGACCCGGGCCAACUUGUUCGUUCUCCGAUUUCCGUUUCUCACCAAAGAAUCGACAAUUAACACUCAAAAAAAAAAAAAAAAAAAAUCGAGUUCCGUCUAAACGAAAAUGACCGUUCAAAGCCCGUUUAGAAAAUGGUAACCGCGAGGUACGAGAGACCUGGGAACCGCGAGAACGUCAACGAGUUGGCUAAGAGUUAACACGAUCACCACCGGUGUCGCUCUUAUUUUUCAAAA